AUGUGGAUGGUUACCGAAUACUGCGCUGGAGGCAGUGUGGCGACAUUGAUGAAGCCCACGGCACCAGGAGGGCUUCAGGAAAAAUGGAUCAUCCCGAUUCUGCGAGAAGUUGCCGAGGCCGUAUAUUGGGUUCACAAGCAGGGAAUUAUUCACCGCGAUAUCAAGUGUGCAAACGUUCUCAUCACAGAAACCGGCGAGGUUCAGCUAUGCGACUUUGGAGUAUCGGGAGUGAUCGAGACAAAGUUCGACAAACGAUCUACUUUUAUCGGAACACCACACUGGAUGGCCCCUGAGCUGUUCGAUCAGUCGGCUUCAUACGGUACCGAAGUUGAUAUCUGGGCUUUUGGCUCUAUGGUCUUCGAGAUUGCAUCGGGCCUUCCCCCAAACGUCUUUGCUGGUGUCGAUGUUACGCAACUUGGGAGCUACAUCAAGCAACAUACACCUCGUCUCGAAGGAGACAAAUACUCUGAACCUCUGAAAGACCUAGUUUCAUUUUGUCUUGUAGAGGAUCCAAAUUCUAGGCCUACUAUUGAGGAAGUUCAGCGUCAUCCAUACAUAUUCAACACAAGUGCCGCAUAUCCAACAUCUUCUUUGGCCAUGCUUGUCAAAGCUUUCAAGGUCUGGGAGGCUCAGGGAGGAAGUAGAAAGUCUUUAUUCGCAUUUGGAGGCGCCAUGGGACCUUCAGACUCAGACUUGUCAUCAACCUCAUUAGCAAAUGAUGAGUGGAAUUUCAGCACCACGGUGGACUUUGAUCAGCGAGUGAUGAACAACACAGAUGCACAGGCUGUGUAUGAUGUGUAUGGGGCCAACAUAGAUUUCGCUUCGGACGCGGAUGAUGAGUUCAUACGCCCGACUAAGCCGAAGUCCCGUCGUCGACCGCCUCCUCAACUGCCUGUAAUGAGGGCACCAUUGGAGAAAGUGUUCGAUCCUAACACAAUAUCGAAUUACGAGGAGAAUGCUAGAGCUUACUACGGAAAGCCUAUUCCCCCCCCUCAGUCUGAUCUUCCUUUAAGAGAUGACUCGUACCACGCAACGUUGAGAGAAUCCUUGAUCGACCUAGAUGCAUCACUUCAUGGCAGUGAGCUUUCUCGAUUUGUCGACAUGGAUACGAUCAGAGGUCCGCGCCAAUCUACGGACUAUGACAUUUCGGACGUCCAAGACUUCGCUAGACCUCCGAACAGUGAUCCCGAGACUCUUCAAAACAACCGGAAAACACAAGAGUGGAAGUUUCCGUCAAUGGCACCUCCGGCAUCCGCCAAUCCUGAAGUGUCCCGAUUUCCCUUCAACGAAGAUAGUUUCUCUAGCAAUCCCGGAUCUGCUAACCGACCGCCACUGCUGCACCACCCCACGGACCCCGUCGGCCUCCCUUCCCAGGGUUAUGAUCUGAUGGUGCCGCGGGUACAAGACAACCGUGCCUCCAUGAGCAGUUUGAUCGAUCUCGAUGAGUCUCUGGCAGACACUGGACCAGGAGAGUUCACGCGGCCGUCCACGGCCAACUCUGAUGUGGCUUCUGUCACCGGAUCAGAUCUCGGUGCCUUCGAUCUAGAACGCCAUGCGUCCCUCUAUCAACCACUUCCGCCGAGCAAUCGGGAGCCAUCAAUCUAUGUCUCUGACGAUAGUGACUUUGCAAGAAUCGCCGGGCCACCUGCACCAAUGGGUGGUGGAAUCCCAGCAACUCGGGACGAUCGUCGACUGACCGGACAGUUUUUAGAUGAUAGCGACCUCUAUACUGGAAGUGAAUACGGAGGCUCAGAAUACAUGGCUUCCGAUAGCCAGUCGUCUACCAUGCGCUCGUCCAGCUUGGACACAAGCCAGGGCCUCCCACCAAUUCCAGGCCCGCCUUCGCAGAAUGUUAUGCUAGGGACGGCUAGUCGCGAUGAGGUCCGAGACGAAUUCAUGAGGAUGCUGGAGGGGAUGAACAACCAUCUUAGCAUCACCGGCGAAUAUGUCGCCAGCUUGCCAGUGCGCCGAGCUGGCACGACACGUCAGGAGAUGGCGCAGGACUGA